CUUCAGCCUAACAGAGGGACAAAACGGCCCCGGGAUGAAGAGGAAGAAGAAAUCAAAGCCCGUCGGAAACAAGCGAGUGCCCGAGAGCACAGCCGACACAGGGAAGAGGAGUCUGUCACCCUGGAAGAAACUGAUGAUGAGAAGAAGAAACUUCUUCAGAUAAUAGAGAGGGAUGGAGAGGAGGAAGAGGAGGAAGAGGAACCUUUGGAUGAAAGUUCAGUGAAGAAAAUGAUUCUCACCUUUGAGAAGAGAUCUUACAAAAACCAGGAGCUGCGGAUCAAGUUUCCUGACAAUCCAGAGAAGUUCAUGGAGUCUGAACUGGAUUUAAAUGACAUCAUUCAGGAAAUGCACGUGAUCGCCACGAUGCCGGACCUGUAUCACCUGCUGGUGGAGCUGAACGCUGUGCAGUCCCUCCUGGGGCUGCUGGGCCACGACAACACAGAUGUUUCCAUUGCUGUGGUAGACUUGCUUCAGGAACUGACUGAUAUAGAUACUCUCCAUGAGAGUGAAGAAGGAGCUGAAGUCCUCAUAGACGCUCUGGUGGAGGGCCAGGUUGUGGCCUUGCUGGUCCAGAAUUUAGAGCGCCUGGAUGAAAGUGUGAAAGAGGAAGCUGAUGGUGUCCACAACACACUGGCGAUCGUGGAGAACAUGGCAGAAUUCCGGCCGGAGAUGUGCACCGAAGCGGCGCAGCAGGGCCUCCUGCAGUGGCUGCUCAAGAGGCUGAAGGCCAAGAUGCCUUUUGAUGCCAACAAGCUGUACUGCAGCGAGGUGCUGGCUAUUCUGCUCCAGAACAACGAUGACAACAGAGAAUUGCUUGGGGAGCUGGAUGGGAUCGAUGUGCUGCUUCAGCAGUUAUCUGUGUUUAAACGACACAACCCAAGUACAGCAGAAGAACAGGAGAUGAUGGAGAACCUCUUUGACUCCCUUUGCUCCUGCCUAAUGCUCAGCUCCAAUCGCGAUCGCUUCCUGAAGGGCGAGGGUCUGCAGCUGAUGAACCUCAUGCUCAGAGAAGAAGAUUUCCGCAGCGGCGCCCGGAAGGUGCUGGCCCACGCCAUGAUCGGGCCGGAGGGCACGGACAACUGCCACAAGUUUGUUGACAUCCUGGGUCUGAGAACCAUCUUUCCUCUCUUCAUGAAAUCGCCCAAGAAGAUCAAGAAAGUUGGAACAACUGAAAAAGAACAUGAAG